AUGAUUAUAGAAGAGCAGAGAUUCCUCCAUGAGGAUCUCGAACGUCUGGAGCAAGCUAUCAGUGAUCGAGUAGCAGAAGAUCCUCGGCAUGUCCGCGAAAGGCUCAAUCGAGAUCAUCAAAUUGCAGGAUUCCUCGACCGAAUUCAAGACCAGUCAAAGCGAUUACUCGAUAUUUACAAGGAUGCAGAUGGAUCACGGUCGAAAGAGAUUCAAACCAUAUCCACGGGUGAGCCUCUAAAGGAGUUUUACAGUCAACUAGCAGACAUUAAAUCAUUUCACCAAAAAUAUCCCAACGAACCUGUCGAGAAUCUGGAAAGGGCGUACAAGAAGGCACCGGCAGAUGGCGAACCAACAAUAUCCGAAGUAGAUAAUAUGUUUACAGGAGAGGAAGCUUUCGGCAGAUUCUUUGAUCUUACCACCAUCCACGAAGAAUACCUAAAUCUCCCCGGCAUCAAACGCCUCUCAUACCUACAGUACCUCGACGCCUUUGACACCUUUACGCCCCCCUUUUGCAAUGUAAAACGAGCCGACAAAUUAACAGAUCACUACUUUGGCUACGUGAGGCAGCUGUCCGACUAUCUGGAGAGUUUCAUGAGAAGGACGCGACCCCUAGAGAACCUCGACAAACUGUUCGCCAGUUUCGACGAGGACUUUGCGAAGGCGUGGGAAGAUAAUGAUGUGAAAGGUUGGGCUUUGGAAAUUCCUGCACCAUCAAAUGCGCCGGCAGGAGAUAUUAUCUGGUGUCCUGACUGCGAGAAGGAGUUUAAGAAUGAAAAUGUUCACAAAGCUCAUUUGACAGGAAAAAAGCAUAUCAGAGCAGCUGAAGCGCGCAAAGCUCGACAAGCGGAGACUGGGGAGGACGAGAACGACACAGCGAGGAAAGGUCCAUCGACCAUGCGUCUGAAAGAACGAGCGAUUGCGGAUCGAGAAUACAGAGUGAAGAGACUUGCGGCUGCCAUGUCACAGGAGCGCAGCGAUACGCGAGUUAAUGUCGAGAGACGUCAAGGAAUGACUGAACGAGAACGCCAGAUGGAGUUGGAUGCAAUUUUCGCGGAAUCAAGUUCAACUGCUCCUCAAGGCGGAGACUCGGACAGCGAAUCGGAUGGUGAUGAGAAGAUCUACAACCCUCUGAAACUGCCAUUAGCCUGGGACGGAAAGCCAAUUCCCUUCUGGCUCUACAAACUCCACGGUCUCGGCGUCGAGUUUCGCUGCGAGAUCUGUGGUAACUACGUCUACAUGGGUCGUCGGGCAUUCGACAAGCAUUUCAACGAGGCGCGUCACAUAUACGGGUUGAAGUGUCUAGGUAUCACCAACACCACUCUCUUCCGCGAGAUCACCGAUAUUGCGGAUGCGGAGAAGUUGUGGGAUAAGAUCACCAGGGAUAAGAAGAAGGAUAAGAUUAAUGAGGGGAGCGUGGUGCAGAUGGAGGAUGGGAAUGGGAAUGUUAUGCCUGAGAAGGUGUAUUAUGAUUUGCAGAAGCAGGGGCUUUUGUGA